AAUCAUUGCUUAUGACGUCUGUUCAUAUUGUACCUUAUCUGCUUUAGCUGAUGUCAAGAACAAGAGUCACGUAAUGUAUGAAGGCAAACACAUACACUUCUCAGAGGUGGACAAUAAGCCGUUGUGCUCGUAUAGUCCGAAGCUGUGCAAGCAGCGCAGACUAAAUGGCUAUGCAUUCUGCAUCCGGCACGUUCUAGAGGAUAAGACAGCUCCCUUCAAGCAAUGUGAAUAUGUGGCAAAGUACAACAGCCAGCGAUGUACUAACCCCAUACCCAAGUCUGAGGACCGCAGAUAUUGCAACAGCCACCUGCAGGUUCUCGGCUUUAUACCCAAGAAAGAACGCAAGAAGAAACAUGAUGCUUUGGAGGAAAUGCGUCCACGGGCUCACCUGGAGUCAGUGGCUCUUAAUAUAACUGUGCCCUCUUUAGCUCUGAGAGCUCCCAAUGGAAUAGAUGUCCUUCCACCCUCUCCCCCUUGUACACAUCUGUUACCCCUCCCUGAUGGGGAGCUCCUGGACCCUUUUGCCUUUUAUGAGGAUGACACAGACGGAGAGGAGAUGGGCGUUCCUCAGAAGGGCAACAACAUCAAGAAGAAACUACAAAGUCGGCUGGUGCUCAACCAAAAACUCUGCCACGACACAGAACUCUUCCAGCCAACUCCUGAGCACUUUACAGCCUCCCCCAUUUCCCGUGUCCAUGCAUCGUCACCGCUCAACACUCACCUACCGCGGCAGACAUCAGGUCUUCUCCAGCAGUCUCAACACUCCAGUGGGACUUCCUUCCCAGGACAGCAGCAGGUUUUAUUAUGCAAUCCACCACCACCUCAGAUGGUCAACUUUCUGCCUCCAGGAAUGCCUGCCAACGCAGCGCCCAGUCCAGGGCAAUAUUCUGGACCAUCACUCAGCAGGAAAAUGCCUUUUACUGCUACUGAACUGCCUGUCAAAUGCAAAGACGGCGGGAGCAACAAUCAUCAGCGUGUGGUCGUCAUGCGUCCUACGGCCUUCUCACCUUCAGCCAACUGCCUUGCCAGGUUGCAACACCUGGUGCAGCUCUGUGCCAAGAGACAUCGGGAGCAUGGAGACCUCUUUCCUCAUUUAGGUUUGGACUGGUCAGAAGACAGUGCUGAUGGUGACGAUGAAGAAGAGGAGGCACAGAGAUUUUCUCCUUUUCAGAGUUCAUGGAGACCAGAGUAUGGUUUGGAAGACAACAGUGGUUCCUCACGGCGAACACGGCUACUGAGGCUCUGCUCGUACCUUCAGGAAAAAUACAAGCACAUGUGCAGAAAGGAGAGGGCGAGUAUCCGCCAGAAGAGAUACCGUUAUGCCUUCCGCAAAGCCUUGCUACACGCUGCCAGCAACGACCCCGACUGUGCAGGGCAGCUGAUCCAGGAGCUAAGUGGUGCCUCAUGUCUGACUCCAGUAAGGCGGCAGAGCACAGAUCCACUGACCUGCACUGGCAGCACAAAGGGUCAGCUUUGCAGCAACAGAGCUCUGCCCUUCACUAAACACUGCUUUCAGCACAUUCUGUCGAAUCGUUCCCAGCAGCUCUUUGCUAGUUGCACAGCCAAAUUUGCAGACGGUCAACAGUGCUCCAUUCCUGUGUUCGAUAUUACACACCAGACACCCCUCUGUGAAGAGCACGCCAAAAAAAUGGAUAAUUUUCUACGUGGCGAUGGAAAUCGACGAGUGCACCACCACCACCACCACCAGCAGCAGCAACAGCAGAGGAAGCCACGUAAAAAGACCAAACCCCCGGCGCUCACCAAAAAACACAAGAAGAAAAGAAGGAGAGGGCCCCGAAGGCCACAGAAACCCAUCCCACCAGCGUUGCCGCAGGGGAACUUGGGAAUGCCUUCAACGAGCCUUGUGAUGCCCUCGCAGGGCAACAUCAGGAGCCCUUCAACUCCCGAUCUGAGUACGGAGGAGCUUCCUGAUGACAUCGCCAACGACAUGGCAGACAUUCCACAUGACCUUGAACUGAACCAGGAGGAUUUCUCUGAUGUGUUACCAAGACUACCUGAUGAUCUGCAGGACUUCGACUUAUUUGAAGGUAAAAACGGAGAGCUGCUGCCCACUACGGAGGAGGCUGAGGAGCUGGUCCGUGCACUGCAAGCAAUGGGGUCCUACCCAGACUCGUUGGUGUGCCUGACGACCAUGGGGGACUUGGCAUCAGCUGAAGGAGUGGACCACCGAGCCAUGACUGUGUUUUCUGGAUCGGUCCAAACAGGCAGCAUGGGGGACCUGCUCAGCAGUCGCAUCCCUACGGAGAACUUCACCAGCCUUGAGCUGGAGGAUAAUCUGUUACAUACCACUGGGGAUCACUUUUCUCCCUCGCCACCAUCUCAAGCAGCUAGUCAGCCCCCAGCAUCGUGCUCCAACCUGACCUCACCUUCCCCUGUUGUGGCAACCACCAGCAUCUCUCUGCUAACCCAGAACUCCAUAGCGGAGCGGACGUUUCCUCGGACACACACGUCCCUCGUCCUGGCAAAGUCCGACGUGUCCACUUCAUCUCCCCAAGGCAGCCACUACAGCAGUGAGCAUGUACCAUCUCCAUACAGUGACCACAUAUCUUCUCCCCAUGCCACCUCCUUUCAGACAGACACCCCUCUCCUGCUGGAAGUUCCUCUCAGCGGGAUCCCAGGGGCUCCACGCACAACAUGGAACAACCUUCCUCUUCCCCUCACCGAUCCCACACAGUUUGGCAAUCUCAUAAGGUCAGAGAGUCAUCUCAUAUCCACCUCUCUGUCCACUCCACCUGCCACCACCCACUCUGUGACGCUGCAGCCCAUGGCGGCGCUCUCAGCGAUGCCGCAGAGCGCCAUGACUGGUUUAACGACUCCCCCUGCUCCUUCGUCCUCACUCUCGUCCUCCACACAUGACCUGUUGACCUCCACGCAGCCCAAACAGCAGCUCCCUCAGUUCAGCGCGGCCUUCGGCCAUCAACUGGCCUCCCACAGCGGCAUCCCGAAAGAUGUGCAGCCCAGCCACAGUUCCACAGCACCCCCCGCUGGCUUCUCCUUAGUUAGUGCCACCGCUGCAAGUGCCAACAACGUCACACCACCCUUCACGCAAAGUAAAUGAGAGCAAGGGGCUACACGACGGUCUGUGGGCUCACAGUCACUUACAGUCCAGUGGACUGGCUUCCGAGUCACCACCAUGUUCUGCUUCAUCUGUGCAAUGUGGUUAUAGUGCACUAUUUAAUUAUGAAUUUGCACAAUCUCAAUUUAAUACUUUUUUUUUCUCUCCCACAUUUGUAGCCAGAUAGCAUCUGAGAUUUUAAGUAAUUGUGAGUCCACUUAUUUGUUGCUCUGUGGUUUUGUCAGCAGGGGGUCACAUUCAGAUUAUUUACUGAAAAACAAACAAAACAAAAAAACAUAAAAAAAAAAAAAAACG